AUGAGCAAAAGAACUGAAAAAUUACAAACAAAAUAUCCUGGCACAUUGUUUUGGUAUACUUGCGGUCCAACUGUUUAUGAUAGUUCACAUAUUGGUCAUGGAAGCACUUAUGUUACAUUCGAUAUCAUCUAUCGUAUAUUGAAAAAUGUCUUCAACUAUAAAAUUGUUCUCUUAAUGGGUAUCACUGAUAUUGAUGAUAAAAUAAUCAAAAGAAGUAAAGAUGAAAAUGUUCACUAUUUGGAAAUCGCAAAAAAAUAUGAACAAGAGUUUAUUAAUGAUAUGAAUACAUUGAAUGUUCAUCCACCAAAUAUUUAUUGUCGGGUCUCUGAUCACAUACAAACCAUAAUUGAUUUUAUUAAAAAACUUGUUCAAGAUGGUUGCGCUUAUGUGACAUCAUCUGGUUCUGUCUAUUUUGAUAUCUCACUUUAUGCACAAAAAAAUGAAACUUAUCCAUUAACACCUCUGAAACAAAGUACACUCGUGUAUGAUAUUCUUAACGAGAAACGUGACCAACGUGAUUUUGCAUUAUGGAAAGCGACGAAGGAUGAAAAUGAACCAACAUUUAAGUCACCAUGGGGUUAUGGACGACCCGGAUGGCAUAUUGAAUGCUCAGCAAUGGCCAGUCGAACGUUUGGUUCUCAUUUGGAUAUUCAUUCCGGUGGUUUCGAUCUAUGGUUUCCUCAUCAUGCAAAUGAAAUAGCACAAUGUAACUCCUAUCAUAAUACGAAACAAUGGGGGACAUAUUGGAUUCAUGCUGGACUACUGAAUACAAGAUCAGAUGAAGAAAAAAUGUCAAAAUCACUUCAGAAUACAAUAUCAAUAAGAGAGAUGCUUAAAACCUAUACACCACAACAAUUUCGUUUAUUUUGUCUGUUACAGCAUCAUAGACAACAUCGUUCUUUUAAUUCCACAUCAAUGAAAGAAGCUUUAUUUUUUGAUAAACUAUUUCUAUCCUUUACUGAUACUGUAAAUGCAUGUCAAAAAGGUCUUUUGCAUAUGGUAAAUUUAUCUGAAAGCGAAAUAAUUGAACGCGUUGUGCAAACAAAUCAAGAUAUUAUCGAUUGUUUAGCAAAUGAUUUUAGUACACCUGAUGCCAUGGGAAAAUUACGUGAAUUAAUAAAUUGGAUAAAUCCAAAAUUAUCCUCCUCCCCUAAAUUUCUCGAUGAGGAUUCCACAACAUCAGCUCCGCCGAUUGGUGCAUUAUACCUCGCUCUUGAUCUUGUUCAAAAGUGGCUCGAUAUUUUUGGUGUAAAAAUAUCAUCGUAUUCAGCAAAUACAUCUAAUGAAACAUUGUUAACUAAUGUAAUUGAAGAAGCUGUUCAGUUUCGUAAAAAUGUACGAAACAUAAGCCGUUUAUCCACGAAUGAAGAUGGAAAAAAAACGUUAUUAGAAAGUUGUGAUGAGUUUCGUUCACGCAUGAAAUAUCUCGGUGUUGAAAUAAAGAAAUCUCCCACUCCCUUGUCUGUUAUUCAUCCUGUCUUUUAUUCUCCACAACACCAACAACAAUCGGGUUUAACAAUGUUAACAAGUUCAACACAUUGGAAACUUGAGCGUGUGGUAGCCGUUGCAUUACUGGCUAUUAUACCAGGAUCGUUUGUACUCGACUCAUCUUUAAUGAAUUAUUUACUUGCUGGUUCAUUGGCCAUGCAUGCACAUUGGGGAAUGGAUACUGUUCUGCUCGAUUAUUGUCCUCGAAACGCAAUGCCACUCGCAAACGCCAUUCGUUAUAUCUUAACGGCUGUCGCAUUUGCUGGUUUAUGUUAUUAUAACUACAAUGAUAUGGGUUUAACAAAUGCGUUGAAAAAACUAUGGGCAAUGCAUUGA